AUCGUCCUUGUCAACCACCACCACCUAGUCCUGUUGCUGCGAAGUAAGUAGGAAAGAUUGUUUUGCUGCUGCCUCGGUCCUCAAAGUUCUCUCAUUGCUCUCCUCCUCGCCGACUGGACUGGUUAAAAUUAAUCACUUUCGCCGUGUUUUGGUGGGGUCGUCGUGUGUCGUGAUUUGUGGGGUCAGAGGACGUGUGUCGGAAAGACAGGUGAAAAAGCGUGAGUGGUAGGAAAGGAAAUCAAACUGAAAUAAUGAGUGUCUGCUACAAGUGUAACCGAAUUGGACAUUUUGCUCGGGAAUGUUCAUCCGAUGAAGGAGGUGGUGGUGGGGGCCGAAUCAAUAGUGGAGGUCGUGGACGAAACGACAAAUGCUUUAAGUGCAACAGGUACGGUCACUAUGCUCGAGAUUGUCGCGAAAGUGACCGAUGCUACCGAUGUGAUGGCGUUGGACACAUUGCCAGAGACUGUAGCAAUGAGGCUGGUGGUGAGCCUGCAUGCUACACGUGUCGAAAACCUGGUCAUAUUGCCAGGGAAUGUCCACAAGCAAGGAAUUCGUCGAAUCUGACUUGCUACUCUUGUGGAGAACACGGUCAUUUGAGCAAACACUGCAACAAGGAUGAUCGCAAGUGUUACGCAUGUGGUAAGAUGGGACAUAUUAGUUCGGAGUGCUCAGAUCCGGAUGGAGAUGGAAAGAAAUGCUACAUUUGCCAGGCAUCUGACCACAUCUCUAGAAACUGUCCAUCCAACGAGGGUGCAUCAGCAACUCUUUGCUAUCGUUGUAAUGAGCCUGGACAUUACCUGAAGGAAUGCAAAGCCAUUCUUGCCGAAUGAGUGGGAUGGGCUCACCUCCUUCUCUGUCAAUGCUAUCUAGACAUACUACUACAUAAUCUACAUUUUGUAAUUAAAGAAUUUAUAACCUAUCCAACUCGGGAAUUUUCGUACCACGAUAAGGAUCAACAAAUUUAUUACUAUGUCUAUUUAUUAAUAUACCACCAACACAAUAUUAUUAUGAAUAUUAUAUAUCUGACUAUAAGAAGAUUAAAUUAUCUACCAGUGGGGUGACGGGAAUUGGAAUGUUAGUAGUUUAGUUUAGUCAACUUUUAAAAUCAAAGAGGUUUUAUUGGUUGAAUAUUUUUUAGGGAGCCGUGUGCUUAGGAAGAUGUAUCUGAAAUCAUCCAAGUAAUAUAAAAACCUGAUAUUAACAAUUGAGCAAUAUUUACGGUCUGUGUAUUUUCUCCGUGUACCUACUACAAGAACUUCAAAGAACUUCGAUACAAAAAAACUUGUAAAAAUAGUUACAUUUUACAAAUAGAUUUACAUUUGUAUUGUUCUCUAUAUAACAAUUAAUGGAUGGAAGUUGUGCCUUAUACUAUAUGGGCAAAAAACUAAUUUGGUCCGGUUUAGUAUCAAGUAUCAACCUGUACAUGUAUUUCCUACGGCUGAAACUGAAAGCUUUCUGUUGAAAGUUUUUUAACCUUGUGUUUCGUAUCGUAAUAAUUUUAUCAUUUUACUUUUCAUUCAUUAACUAAAAAUACUUCGAUCCAUGUAUGCCUCGUUGUAUCCAAUUGUAUUCCUGAAUGCCAAAAGUGUACAUAAAAUAUGGAUACCUACAUAAAUAUGCACUGAUGAUUUAAUACUGGUAUAACUUCCUCCACCAGAACUGAUUCUCUUAAUUCUAGUUGAAUACUUAGUACCUCCUAUAACUUACAAUAAUAUAUAUGUACAUAAACUAUAGGCCGGAAAAAUAUUUAUAUCUUAUUUAUGGUUGGUACAUAAACUAAUAUUGUGAAUUAAUCAAAUGUAUAACCGUAAAAAUUUUAUCCAUGUGUAUACUUAUUUAAGGAAUACUUGUUUUGUUAUUUUAGCAUUUACAUACACUUUUAUUAAUGUGGGUUAUCUCUAAAAGUGCAUCAUCUAUGCAUCCCAUGUCUGUCCCAGUUAGAAAGAAAAACAUGUUAAAUUUUAAAUGUUGAGUUUUUUUGAAAGAAAAUUUGUAUUUCAAUUCAACUUGUUGUUAAUGUUGGUGGUAGUAUGUUGUUGCUUUAUUGGAAUAACGUCCGUAAUGUUUUUGUUAAAUAUUUAAUUUGCAUUGCGAAUUGCUUAUUAGUCCUUGAGUUGUUAAAAUAUCCAUGUCUAGAGUGGUAAAAAAAUUGAAUUAAUGCCUCAACAAUACCUGAGUGCAAAUAAAGUUUUUUAUCUGAAAUGUG